AAGAAAUCAAGAUGAAAAACCAACAAAUUGCAGACAAAGACGAACAAAUCAAGAGAAAACAGUUUGAAGCUAAAAUAAAUAGUUCGGAAGCAGAGAUUAUUAAGCUAAAUGCUACGAUCGAGAAAAACGAGCUAAAAAGUUCUAGAAUAAUCGAUUUGGAAACGCAAAUAAAAGAGUACCAGCGACAACUGACCAACAAAACGGAAGAUAUCAAAGCAUUUACGGUCAGGAUACAACUUUUAGAAACAGAAACCAAUAAAAGCCGUGAUGAAUUGAUCUCCACGAAGGAGGAAAUCGAAAAAUGCCAUGCCAAAAUAAAUGAUCAGGAGGUGGAAAUCAAACACGGCCAAGACCAACUGGCGAUCAAAGAGGGUUUGCUAAAAGCAUUCGAAUCCACAGUUCGCGAAAAAGAGUCACAAUUCAAAAAUCUAACCUCAGAAACAGAGCUGCUGAGAAGAAAAUAUGAGGCCAGCAGUUGCUUACCCUUUGUCAACUCCACCAAUGUCCACAGCAUAAGGUUGUUCGAUACAGACCCUUUCAUUGUGCAUUGUUGUUCCAAUGUUUCUGGAUCCGGUUGGACUCUCAUCCAGAGGCGAGUGAACGCCAACGAGAACUUCAAUCGGAGCUGGGCAGACUACAAAAUGGGUUUCGGCGACCUCCGGGAGAACUUCUUUCUGGGACUGGAAAAAAUCCAUCGAAUGACCCUGCUCCAGCCUCACGAGCUGUACAUCCAACUCCAAGAUGGUAAUGGAAGCACCAGGUAUGCUCGCUACGACGAUUUCAAAAUAGGGAGCGAGGAGGAAGCCUACGAACUGAUAUCGCUGGGAAAAUAUUCAGGAACAGCCGGAGAUUCUUUAACUAAAUUUCAACUGAACAUGAAAUUUUCCACUUUGGACCGGGAUAAUGACGCUAAUGUGAAAAGGAAUUGCGCGAAAAUGUUUGGAGGUGGUUGGUGGUUUUCUGCUUGCGGAAAAAGUCAUCUCAAUGGAAACUAUUAUAAAGAUGGUACAUGUGAAGUGCGGGACGGCAUUAUUUGGGCUACUUGGAAAGACUAUGACUUCACAAUCUCGCUUACAUUUUCUCAAAUGAUGAUAAGGCAAAAAACGCUAUAGAAUGUACAUAUGUUCUUAAAUGAUCUAUUCGUAAUUAAAGCAGUUCAAUUAAUGCUAAAA